UCGUUUUCCUUCACACAUCCAUGUCGUCCGUUUCGCCACUUAUUCGAGCAUCGCGCUACGUCGCCCUCGGCUUGGGCCUUCUAUAUGGAGCAUCGCAGGCUCGCGCUUUCCAGGCGAGGGCUGAUGCUCAUCGUGCUAUCGCCGCCGAUGAGGCCCGAAAGCAUCCUAAACCAGUUGCUGGCUCCAGCACUGGAGUGGUCACUGAUCCUAACGCGCCCGGAUUCUCACUCGGUGCCUACUUGAAGUAUCUCGAUGAGACCUCUGGCGCCAAGGCCAAGCACUAAACUGCCCCUCGCGAUUGUGUUGAUCUGAUAUUUUCCUUCCUCUGUCUUUAUCGUUUUGCCCGGCCAUCCCCUCCAACCCGUCUCAACCCUUGAGCGCCUGUUCUUUGCUCAAACGUCUUCUAGAUUCGCGCUUCUCUCUGCUGUUCACUGUCGGUGGACGCACGAGUUUUGUUGCUUUCUUCUUGUUCUUGUCAAUGUUCAACUUUUGACCCCUCUCGGUCCUCAUCAAUGUACACCCUUCUACCUGA